AUGGCACCUUCAGCAAUUUCAAGCAGUCCUCCCCCUUCAACAAAUGCUGCUUCCUCGCUGGCAACAUAUCGUGGCUACGAUCAUGUACACUGGUACGUGGGAAACGCCAAGCAAGCAGCAAGCUACUACAUAACCCGAAUGGGAUUCAAGCGGAUCGCCUACAAAGGCCUUGAAACUGGCAACCGGACCGUCUGCUCGCACGUAGUUGGCAACGGAAAUGUGACCUUCAUCCUGACUUCACCACUCCGGUCUCUGGAGCAGGCCGACCGUUUCAACAGUGAAGAACAGGCCGAGCUGCGGGAAAUCCACAGUCAUUUCGAGAAGCACGGCGAUGCAGUCAAGGACGUUGCUUUCGAGGUUGAUGAUGUCGAUGCUGUUUUCAAUGCUGCCGUGAAGAACGGCGCCAAGGUCGUUUCCAACCCUAAGAUUCUGGAAGACAAGGCUGGCCAUGUCAAGGUUGCCACUAUCCAGACCUAUGGCCAGACUACGCAUACGCUCAUCGAGCGGAAUCAGUAUCAUGGAACCUUUUUGCCAGGAUACCGUGAUGACACUGCAGUCGUUGAUCCUCUGGCUAAGUUCUUGCCCGGUGUUCACCUCUCGAAGAUUGAUCACUGUGUGGGCAACCAGGAUUGGGAUGAGAUGGAUCAGAUCUGCGAGUACUACGAAAAAGCCCUCGGCUUCCACCGUUUCUGGAGCGUGGACGACAGCCAAAUUUGCACUGAGUUCUCCGCCUUGAAGUCUAUCGUCAUGGCCUCCCCGAACGAGGUCGUAAAAAUGCCCAUCAACGAACCAGCAAAGGGAAAAAAGCAAUCCCAAAUCGAAGAAUACGUCGACUUCUACAAUGGCGCUGGCGUACAGCACAUCGCCCUCCAAACAGACGACAUCAUCCGCGACAUUACCAAUCUCAAGGAGCGUGGUGUCGAGUUCAUUAAGGUUCCUGAGACAUAUUACACAGAUAUGCAGGCCCGCCUGAAGCAAUCUGGAUUAGUCCUCAAAGAGGAUUUCGAGACAAUCAAGAGUCUUGAUAUUCUGAUUGAUUUCGACGAGGGUGGUUAUUUGCUUCAGCUGUUUACCAAGCACUUGAUGGAUCGCCCUACUGUUUUCAUGGAGAUUAUUCAGAGACAUAACUUUGAGGGCUUUGGUGCCGGGAACUUUAAGUCGCUGUUUGAGGCUAUUGAACGGGAACAGGAGCUUCGUGGUAACCUUAUUUAA